GCCCGAGAACAGUUCUUCACGCUAGUAGGACGGCUCCACAGGCCUGGACGCACGUCUUUUUAUUCUAACACGCGUUAGUCGUGUUUCGAAUCGAAUUUAAACGCUAAAACUUUAAAGUGCACGAAAGGGUAUAGAUAAAUAUGUAAUAAAGUGUUUAUCCGUGAUCCAUAUUGAUGUGAAAAAUGUACGUUUGUCAAAUAUUCAUAAUAGCGGUAGCCAGAAAUUUUGCGGCGCUCAGCUAAAUCAACAGACGCGAACAUGGAGACUGACAAGAUGUCGACCGCCUCCUCCGUGGGCGCAGAGCGGCGACCGUUGAUGCAAGCACUUGUGAUCGAACGAAGAAUUCUGUUCGCUUGUACUAUAUUAAUUGGUCUAUGUACAUUCGUUUGGAUCACAGCUGUUUGUACCGAGAAAUGGGUCCAUAUUCAAACUGAGAAUGGUAUAUUCUUACCGACCCGAGGUGGAUACUUCAUGUGGAGUGACUCUGGUGUUUGGGAGAUUUGUCGAUAUGUUUUCCACCCAUUCGACCGUCCAUUAAGGCAUAAUGCCACUCACUUGGCGACACCCAAUCCGUUUGAUGUGACCGGAAUAAAAGGCGAAUAUUUGACAAAUUGUACAAAUUACUUAGCGCAGCCGACUAUGAAGAAUGGCAAGCCGGCUGAUCCCGCCUAUGACAUUGACAUAGCCAAUUACGUACGAACAAUGAUCUCCUUCGGCAUCAUCAGUCUGUUUGUAAUGGCGAUGGGAUGUGGCUUCUCUGUGUACACCUUCAGAAAUCCACGUUACAUGUUUAAACGUCUCGCCGCUGGCAUACACUUCAUCAGCACUGCAUGUACAUUCGUCGUGGUUCAAGUAAUGAUGUCUUCCGUGGACCACAUGAAGAAGAACUUAAAGUUUAUUUAUCCAGAACGUGCCUAUCAUUACUUCCACAUUAGCUUCUUCUUGGCGUGGUUCGUGGUUUUGGUGAACCUUUUUGCAGCUGCUUCGUUUCUCUGGUACUCUCGUAAAAGGAAAGGCGAUAAAGCAGCGACAGAUGAACUAGCGAUGGCCGACGAGCCCACAAUCAUCGGUCGAUGACGCUCCAGAUUCAACUCCAUACGGCCACUCUUGUCGAAUGGACAUUUUCUCAAUUCUCUAUUGAACAGUGCUCAAUUGACCAAUAGCUGUAAAAGUUAUGUUAUGAAUGUCUUCCACAUACAUUUAAAAAGCAAGCGGGUUUAUAAAAACUCUGUUGAAUAUGACAGCUUAAGUUAGAACAUCGCCAGGCUUUAUUGAUUAAAUCCAUGUAUUUCCUUCUUUGAACUACUAAUUACGUACCGACAUGAUAUAAUGUCUAAAAUCAAGCUACUGCUGAAACUAGUUAGCUUACUUAUCGAUGUAUAUCUACCUGUUUUCGAUUAAUGUAUGCGAUGUUAUAAUGUAAGUCAGUAGAGCUAUUAUGUAAGAAAAACUCGACACUCAUCACAGAACACGUACGUAAAAUGUCAGAAAAUGAUUUAUGCGAUAUUGAAUAAUAAUUAAAGUAUUCUUUAAGAAUACAAUCGAAAUGGCGUUUCACCGUAAGUCGACUUUAAGCAUUUCUCAAGUGACAAACGAAGUGAGUUCUUACAGAAUAGCAGUGCUGCAUGAUAUUGAGAGGGUGUAACAUUUAAAAAUAUAUUCUGCAAUUAGUGAAUAUUUAAUUGCGCCUUGUUAAUCUUGUAAACUUCUGAUGGAUUUUUACUGUUAUUUUAUUCCUGGCUUGAAAUGUGUUAUGCGUGAUAUUGUAUAUUGUGUAUAUUCCUUAGAACUAUGAGACUAACAUCCUUACAUUUAUUUAAGUAUAUUUUUUCUCAGUGCGAUUCAAAUUAGCUUAGAAAUAUUUCUUACUAAAGGACCACAUGAUUAAAAAAAAAAUAUCAAUGUUUAUUUAUUAUAUUAUUGUUGAAACAUAAAACAUAUCUAAGAAAUUGAUCUAUUUUAAUAAAAUUCUUAAACACUUUUCUAUAUACAACUAGGCAUUUUUCUAUGCGUAUUUGAAUCGUAUUUGGUUAAUAGUUAUUGUUGCUGCCAUAUGAUUAUUAUGUAUAUAAACACAUAAUGUAAAUCUUUAUCUAGUCAAACUAUAUACUUAUACUUCUACUUAUAUUGGAACUAUUUUGUAAUUAGCACAAUGACAUUUUUACAAGUAUAAUCAACGUUCAAAGUUUUGAAUUAAACGAAAAUAUAAAUUAUCAGUUUUAUAAUAAAUGAAAUACGGAAAAAAUAUUGUUUUUAAAUAAUAUGAGUUUAAAUUUAAAAAAAUGAUUUAAUAAAAUAUCAAUUACUUAGUAGACUGAUCGAAUACUCAAAUAUUUACUUUUUAUUUAUUUCGAAGUUUUUCUCCUAGUAAUUAAAACUUUGUUCACUUUGUUGGACAAGAUUUUAUGAGAUGUAUUAACUUUGACAAAUUAAAACUUAAACAUUUGUACCGAAAUAAGUUUCUUUCUCAAAUUAAUUUUAAUCCCUGACUUUGAUUUCUAGUUUCCCGCCCCUCAUGUAGAUCUAUAUUCGUUAGUAUGUCAUAUACCUCAAAUAAACAUAUUUUAAAGCAUUAUAAAGAAAAACUUGUCAUGUGCUAAUUACUUAAUAUUUAUUUUUGUCUAUCUAUAAAUAUACGCUAUUUGAUAAUAAUUAAGUAAUACUCUCAUUUGGAGCUUUUAGCGUAUUGAAUAUAUAUUGUAUUUUAUAUAAAAUCAUGAUUUUUAUCAAUCAACUCAUUUUCAUUUUCGGGAUGUUGUUCGUUUAUAGUAAAUAUUUGCAAACUCAUCACUACCGGCCCUGUCUUACUUUGUGAUGGCCACACAGUGUAAUGAGCUCCUGCAAUACCGACCUCUUAUAUAAUGAAAUACUAUCACACUGCAAAUUGCAGGCUGUUUUAUAGUAACAUGAGGCAUUCACCGAUAUUAUUUAAUAUGAAUGUUCUUUUGUUUAACGUUAUCAUUAUUAUCAAUUGAAUUUAAAAUGGGAUUCCAAAAUAAAUAGUCUUCUAAAAUAAAUCGGACUUACUUAUAAGCGUUUUUUUUUUAAACACUGACACAUUCGAAUCAAGAAGAUUAAACAUUAUUUAUUCUAUUUCGAUAUUUUUUAUAUUCUUUGACUUAUCAAAAUAUGACUAAGAAAUUAUAAUAGUAAUUUAAAUAUAUUGACACUCCAUGCAGAAAUUCUUCAUUGACAAAGGAGGUGAAAUCGAUAAAUUGUUACAUUUAUUCAACAAAUUGUAAAUAUAAUAAUUAUUAUUAAUAAGUUUCCUAAUUUACAAGCUGUUUUUAUUCCAUUCUUAUUGCAUUAUCUCAAAUGUUAGUGUUCUGUAUGUACGUUCAACUUAUUUAAAU